UUUGGAGGCUGGGAGCACGGGGUAAGCAGUGGUGUCUUUUUUAGUGGCUAUAUCAGAUUACAUGCAAAAUGAAAUUUAAAAUCUCUAUUCAGACAAAAUUGUCUUUGCUUGAGUAGGAGCAGGAAUACAGUCUCACUCUGCAGGCUCUGACUCUUUAGUUGUGUUACUGUGGAAAAUAAACACUCAGAAAAUGAUUACUUUGUUCACAGGGUCAAUGAUUUGGCUGGACACCUCAAAUAUAAGCUACAGUAACUGGUACAAGGACCAGCCAUCUUCUUUCUCAUCCACAUGUGGGUACAUCCUAAAGAAUGCCAAGUAUCAGUGGGGUGUGACUGAAAAUUGCAGCCAGGAAUUUGACUUCGUUUGUGAGUUUGAAUCUGGCCAGAGCAUUGCUUGUGAUAAUUACAAUGCCACUAUACAGUGUGGAUCAGGAGAAGUUAUCCAAAUUGGAGAGACCUUCUAUGGACGGAAGACCCCUCACUACUGUGUAUUGGAAACCCCUCUCCAGUAUGAUACAGAUGAAGACUGUAGCUGGAUCAGUGUCAAAGACGAAGUAGCAGGUCAGUGUCAUGGUCUUCAGGCCUGCCAGGUGGCAGCAGAUGGCGCUUUCUUUGGAGACCCGUGCCCAGGUUCAGGAAGCUAUUUGUCUGUUCAAUACCACUGCAAGGAAGGUCUGCAGCUGGUUGUAACAGAUACAUGCUUUAUCUUUGAAAACAUCACAGUCACUUUGAACUGGCUGCUCUCCCCAUACUCCGGCAACCUUUCCUGUAUCAUCAGCACUGGAGAUGGCCACACGGUUGAUCCUUACUACCCUCUAACACUGGUCAGUAGUGUCACAUACAGAUAUUCAUCUCCUGGGGAGUUCACAGUUUUUGUGGAGUGCACCACCAGCGAGUGGCACGUGACAGCACAGAGGCGGGUGACUGUUCAAGACAAGAUGGACAAACUAAGCCUUACUGGGUGCUACAGCCAGUAUGAAUCUGGGAACGGCUCUCACUGCCGAACACUCUACGGGGAGGUGUUAUGGAUCCAAGUUGAACUCAAUGGAGGUAACGGAGUGACCUACAUUGUACUAGCAGGUAACGUGACGCUCGCUGAAUCCAGUGCAAAGGAAGGAAUUGUCCCUCACAAUCUGACACUUGACAAUGCUGCUCAAGAGCUGCUGGGCCCUGGGAUGCAUCGGCUGGAAAUCCGAGCAUCCAGCAACACCACCACAUCAGUGAUCUCUGGGAGCAUUGCUGUUCACUUAAUUGAGCCAGUCUCUGGUCUUCAGGCUGUAUUAGCUUCUCACACGCUGCAGCUGGGGGAGAAUCUGGAGAUAAAUGUCUCUGUUCCUCAUGGUGCCCCAGAUAAGCUGAAGUUUGAGGUGGUUGGAUCUAAUGAAACUCACUCUCACGAGGAUGACAGCCCUGCAGGGGAACCUCGAACAUACUUCAUUCCCACGCACUCUGAAGGUACUUUCCUAGUGAAAGUGGUGGCCACGAAUGCCUUCUCAAACAUGACUCUGGAUAUUGGGCUCAUCAAUGUGCUGGCAAACACUUCUCAUAAGGAAGAUUCUGCUAAGGAAAAAGGCAGCUCCAAAACAAAUACCCAAAAGACAAAAGUAAGUACUAUUUAAAGAUCUUUCUUUAAAAUUGAAAUGCUUAGA